AUGAGAUUUUUACGCCCACAGAGGUGAAGUGACAAAAUCCGGCAAUGGGAACCGCAGGAGCUCUCAUCUAUAAUCCACAGCUCACCGGCGGUGGAAGCCUUUGCUCCAAGUGUUUAAAAUCGAAUUCCCAACCAAGAACGCUGCUUAGCUUGAAUCGAAGAAAGUUGCCGGACUUCUCAAGCAAGAGAUGUUUGAGAAAAUUUGGCAGAGUUGUAUGCCUAGCAGUAGAAGACGUUGCUGAGAAGGAAGGAGAAAUGAAAAGUGGAAGCUUGAUUGGUGUUAGCUCCGAUAAGGGAGAUAGACUUGAUCAAAGAGAUGAUACAUCAGAGAAUCCUUUUAUAGGCGAUGAGUCAGAUGAGGGGAAUUCAAUUUACAAUUUUCUGUAUCCUGAUAAAGAGCUCCUCCCUGAUGACAAAGAAAUGAGCAUAUAUGACCAUUUAGAGGAGUUGAGAGAGAGAAUUUUUCUGUCAGUUUUGGCUGUUGGAGCUGCUAUGGUUGGUUGUUUUGCAUUUUCCAAGGAACUCAUAAUGUUUCUUGAAGCUCCAGUCCGAUCACAAGGAGUUCGGUUUUUACAAUUAGCUCCAGGAGAAUUUUUCUUUACAUCACUCAAGGUAUCGGGAUAUUGUGGUCUGUUGUUAGCAAGCCCUGUGAUUCUCUAUGAGAUCAUAGCUUUUGUUGUUCCUGGUUUGACACUGUCAGAGAGAAGGUUUUUGGGGCCGAUUGUCCUUGGCUCCUCAGUCCUUUUCUAUGCAGGGAUCAUCUUCUCUUACUAUGUUCUUACCCCGGCUGCCUUGACAUUCUUUGUUAAUUACGCGGAGGGGGUUGUCGAAUCAUUGUGGUCCAUUGAUCAAUACUUCGAGUUUGUACUUGUGCUCAUGUUUAGCACCGGAUUAUCUUUCCAGGUUCCUGUUGUGCAGCUGCUCCUCGGACAACUGGGCUUGGUUUCCUCGUACCAAAUGCUGUCAAUCUGGAGAUACGUCGUGGUUGGUUCUGUAGUAGCAGCCGCUGUACUAACCCCCUCGACCGAUCCUCUGACUCAGAUGCUCCUAGCUGGCCCCCUUAUGGGUCUUUACAUAGGUGGUGCCUCGAUGGUCAAGCUUCUUGGCAAAUAAUCCAUGAAACCUUUUAGUACAGUAACUAGCUGUGUGUGCUUCAGACCAUGACUCUAUUCAGUGGCCAAUUCCACAUGUAUUAUUACAUCAUCUUGUUGUAUCCAGCUGCCUGAUUAUUAAUUGUAAUGCUCCAUCCAGAUAUUGUUGUCUAGUAAAAUGAAAUUUUUUAUAGACA